AUGGCGGGGUCUCCGAAGCCAGACGACACCGACAACAGCUGGGCCAAUGCAGCUUCAAAGCGGGAAAACGUUGGCGUCUGCACCAAUGCCUCAGCUCAGCUGCAACAACAAUCAGCAGCAGCAUCAUUGCCUACCGACCAGGGUCAUCAGCAGCAGCGUCAGCAACUGCAAUCACCUUCUUUCCACCAGCAACAAGGGCAACAGCAGCUCAAUAUAGUAUCUCCAUAUGUCUCUAGGAGCAACACCGUCACCUCCAAUGUCUCGUCAAUCGCGACCCAAGACAAGGCGCUAGACGCUGCCGGCGCAUACAGCACUCGCGCGAACCGCCAUCUGCCUGCUUGGAAGGAAGAGGAGGCCGGCGUGGCAGUAGCAUUGACAGCUAGCAUUAAUAACAACAGUAACACCAACGCUACGCCCUCAACUGGCUUUCCUCAAUCCUCAAGUCCACCCGCCAUGGAGCAACCACAGAGCAGUUUCUUUUAUGGUCAAUCAGGAAGCCAACCUCAGUAUCAAGUCGUGCAGGAUGCUAAUGGGCAAUUUUACUACUCCCAAAGCUCUGAUUACCAGCAGCCUGGAAGUGAUCAAUUGUACCAAAGCCCUGCAUUCAUGGCCCCUGGCCCAUAUUCCCAUACAUCGACGGAGUAUAGAGGUGCUGGUGAAAUGCAUGAUCCUCCUCAGUCAGCGUUCCUCAUCGACAACAACGAUCCUGAUAAAGCUGCCGGUUAUCGUAACGGCGACAGCAAACAGGGAAUCUACCACCAUACGAUACAUGCCGAAUCACCAUCGAUGCUGCCGCCGGGGCAACUACCCCCGCGCCCCAGCCGCAGCAAGUUCAAGCACAGGAUCUUCGGCCGCUGGCGCUGGCAUUCGUGGUGGGGCAUGUUUCUCUUUGGAAUUUUUGGUAUCGCGUGUGCCAUAGGUCAUCAUGCCUGGUACAGCUCUUUGCAUGGAAAGAAGGCCGAGCGUCAGCUGGAGUAUGUUCGUUACGGAACUAUCCUCGCCUUCGGGGCCAAGGCCGGCCUGAGCGCCUCCAUCGUGAUGGCCUAUCGCAUGCGGGUGUGGACGACGGUGCGAACGCGGUUGAUGAGCGUCAGGGCACUUGAUUCCAUGUUCGCUGCGACCGAGGACGUCACGGCCUUCUUUAACUGGGAGUUUAUUAGCCGAGCUAAGACGGUGGCCGCCCUGGUUGCAUUUGUCUGGCUUUCUCCCUUGAUCGUUAUUCUGACUGCAAACACACUGAUUGUGGAGAUGCAGCCGGCGGAGCACAAGACAUUUUGCCCGAGCGUACGGACUCUCAACUUUGGUCUGGAGGAGACCAACGACUGGCGCAAGCCAACCCUGGUUGACGACUUCAGAUCGAUGUCGCUGUCUUUUUACAACUCGACCAUCACUGCAGCCGACGACCCUCCUCCCGAAGGCUGGUUUGAUUAUUGGACCGGCGCAUCACCAAAGCUCGAGCAGGCUGCCACAAUCCCAGCUUUCAUGGAGACGGUCAGUCCCCGCCAGAAUGUAUCAUCUGACGUUUGCUCUCAGGGUUGGGAUUGCCUGUACAACAUCUCCUUCACCGGUCCCGGCUACAAGUGCACGGAGCUUGCGAGCGGCAUUGACUCAGUACCCAAGAUUUUGACAAUGCAAUCGGGUUUUAAGGCCAAGUCUCCGAUUGAAACAGACUGGCUUCUUCCCAAAGGAAGCCAUGCCUAUUAUGCGUUCAACACGGGUGGAGAAUACUCAAAGACGCAGAUGAAGGAAGUGUCCCCUGGUGGCAAGCCCAUUGGCAACUUUAGCAAGGGAAGCAGUUCACCGAAAUACCCCAGUCACAUGGGAGCUUUCCGUACAGAUCCCUUGAUUUGGAUAGGAUAUUCCGAGACUAUGAAACCCUAUGAUCAGCUGCCUGUCAACCGGAGUGACCCCGAGUGGAACAACGCCUUCGUCCCCAAGAUUUUUGCUUGCGAGCAUUACGAGACAAAGUACACUGUUCAGUUCAACCACACUGGCGGUGUGCAAAACACGACUGUUUUGUCCCGAGAGUUUAUGAGGCCCAUCAUAAAUACUACUUACCUCGCCAAAGUCGAUGCCGAGGACGGCACCAACGACAACACGACGGCUGUACCCGAGUCGAACUACAUCAAGCCGCAAGAUAUCGCCAAGUACCGCCUCACGGCCGGAUACUAUGGCAUGGGACAGCAACUACGGCUUUUCCUCAACGGAACCGUGUCCAUGGAUGGACCCGAAAGCACACCAUUGUCGAACCCGAAUGCUAACACAAAGGCCAUGCAAACAAAACUACUAGAGAAGCGGCUGUACACACCAUACAAAGAUCUUAUGGGCCGUGUGCAGGGUCUCUAUGAAGAUAUGCUUCUAUCUAUAUUUGCCGACCCUCUUCUAGACAUUGUUGUCUGGGCUGCAAAGCCAAACGAGCCCAGUGGCCUGCGCACUUCCCAGGCUGCUGCACUAGAGAAUAACCAGGAUCCCAAGGACUACGAGCACCCUUGUGUUAAAUCAAAAACGGACAACGUCUUUGUCUACAAAAAGGCCGACCUCUGGGCGGUGUACACCAUCGGCAUCGGACUUACCAUGCUCGGCAUCGCCGCAGGCCUCUGGGCCGUCAUCUGGGAGGAGCGGCAGGGCGGCCGCAUCGCACGCAACACGCGCUUCAGCAGCAUCGUGGCGGCGACGCGCGGCCCAGCCCUCGACGGCGUGGCGUGGUGGGCUGUAGACCGAGGUCGCGUCCCCAAGGACGUCAUGGCGGCGCGGAUGGGCUUCGGCCUGCUGCCGAGCGAGUACAGGAAGAGGCAGAGCGGGGUCCCCAUGAUGGGCACGCCGGGCAUGCCCUCGCGGCAGUUCAGUUCUGACACGUUCAGCUUGGCCGAGAGGAGGACCAUCAGUGGAUACAGCCCGGCGAGAGCGGCGUCGCCGACUGCCAGCUUGCGGAGGAGGGGGAGAGAUCCGCUCAUGUACGGGUUCGGACUCGAGGGUGAGGUUGAACAGCCUACUACCAAGCUGCCCAAGUUUGGGUAA